GUAACUUCUCAGAAAUCAUGGGAUGAAGAGAGGGAGGGUUGGCCAAGGAUGAGCAACGCAACGUGUCAUGAGAUUGUCCAUCUCAUGGGACGGACAAAGCAGAAGGGUCAGUUACCCUUCUGGAGGGAGACCCGGCUGGUGCCUGAGCUCAGAACCCAGCUCCCAGCCCCACAGGGACCAGUUCAGCAUGGUGCUAACUCUCCUUCUGCCUGUGCUGGCCUCUCUCCUUCCCCGGCCGGUGUUCCCUGCAGCUAAACACCCAGCUCCAGCCUUCUCCGUGCAUCCCCAGAAGGCUGAAUACCUGCUCGGAGACACCGUGGGCCUCACAUGCUCUGCUCCCCCUGCGAGGGAUCAGGUGUCGAUAUUCCAAUACUACAGCAGCAUGGGAUGGGCUGUUUCAGCCAGGGUGUCCUCCGGGCGGGAACACACCUACAACCUCAACAUCACGGAGCCACGGAGUGCGGGUUUGUACAGCUGUAACUAUUACACAAGCCAGUCUGGUCGUUUCGUCCCGUCCUAUGAAAGCAACCGUAUCAACAUCAGAGUCAAAGACCCUCCUCCAGAGCCAACGCUGAGUGUGGAUCCCCCAUCUGGCGUGGUGAGCGAAGGGCAACCCCUACUCAUCACCUGCACAGCCCCUGGGAACGCCAGACAGCUGAGGUUUCACUUCUACCAGUAUGGAGCCGAGAUCGUCCCUGGGGACGUUGGGUCUGAGCCAAGGACCAGCUCUGUGGCAGUCUCUGUGCUCAGCAUCCUGCAGGUUGACACCAACAACACUGGGGAAUACACCUGCCGGUAUGAGGAGAAAGAGAGCGGGAGAUGGAUCCUGUCCACCAGGAGCCAGGCUGUGACUGUUACCUUGAAAGAUCCUCCUCCUCGACCAGUGCUGACUGUGGAUCCCCCUUCAGGAGGGGUGAACGAAGGGUUCCCCCUGCUCAUCACCUGCACAGCCCCUGGGGAUGCCGGCGAAUGGAGGUUUCACUUCUACAAAGACGGAGCAAAGAUUAUCCCCAAGGAGUCCAACAUCAGCUCUAGGAAUGUCUCUGUGUUCAGCAUCCCACAGGCUGGUCCCGGCAGUGCCGGGGAAUUCACCUGCGGGUACGAGGAGAACGUGAAUGGGAGGUGGGUCCCAUCCCCCAGAAGCUUGCCUGUGAACGUCACCAUGAAAGAUCCCCUUCCCUUGCCUGUGCUGAGCAUGGAUCCUCCAUCUGGAGUGGUGAGCAAAGGGGUCCCCUUAGUCAUCAACUGCACGACCCCCGGAGAUGCCAGAGAGUGGAGGUUUCACUUCUACAAGGAUGGGGCCGAGUUUAUCCCUGGGGACAUGGGGUCUGAGAUCAGCACCACAGAGCCCAGCACUGACUCUAUGAUGCUCACUUUCCCACGGGCUGGUCCUGAGAGCACGGGGGAAUUCACCUGCAGUUACGAGGAAAACGUGAGCGGGAGGUGGAUCUCGUCCCCCAGGAGUCGGGCUGUGAACGUCACCAUGAAGGAUCCCCUUCCCUUGCCUGUGCUGAGCAUGGAUCCUCCAUCUGGAGUGGUGAGCAAAGGGGUCCCCUUAGUCAUCAACUGCACGACCCCCGGAGAUGCCAGAGAGUGGAGGUUUCACUUCUACAAGGAUGGGGCCGAGUUUAUCCCUGGGGACAUGGGGUCUGAGAUCAGCACCACAGAGCCCAGCACUGACUCUAUGAUACUCACUUUCCCACGGGCUGGUCCUGAGAGCACGGGGGAAUUCACCUGCAGUUACGAGGAAAACGUGAGCGGGAGGUGGAUCUCGUCCCCCAGGAGUCGGGCUGUGAACGUCACCAUGAAGGCUAUCGAGUCUCUGCCCAUCCCCCUGGUGGCUGGGUGCGCUGGUGCUGCCGUGGGUCUGCUUCUGCUGCUGCUUCUCAUCUGUCUCUGCAGGAGGAUGAAGAAAGGUUCCAAGUGGGAGUGGAGAAGGAGAGCCCAGAACGAUGGUUCCAUCAGCAGUUACUCACCUAUGCCUCUGGCAAUGAUCAACCCAGACACUCUUUAACCUCCAGGGAAAAUCACACCCCCCUCAGCUCCUUGCCUCCAUGUCCCCCGCAACAUCAUAGGACCAAUGAAGAUCUGUGAAGCUUACCACACUCACUGUGCAUAUCCUCCCAAGGUCUCCUUCACGCCGGUGAGCACACACAAGGUCUCCAGCCGAAAACAUCCCUGGCAAAACGAGAUGUGAUGGUGUCUCUUUGCCUGCUGCAGAGAGACUGGGACAGUUUGAAAGGAAGGAAGAAGUUUCUACUCUCCUAACUUCUCAGCAAAUCUCCUCUUUACGAGGAACAUUCAAACUGAUGUAAAUCUCUGUAAAUUUCCUGUCUCCUGUUGGCAUUAAACCCCCCUUUAACCUCCUAUGGUCUUUCUGCUCCCCCUCU